GACUCGCCUCGAGACAACUUUAACGUGCGGGCGAGCUGGACUCUGUGCCCAAGUUUGGUUUUCAAGGCUCGCCUUUUGUCGAAAUCUGUUCGUUUUUUUUUCAAUUUUCAUUCUUCCGGACGUUCUUUUAAAAGGAUACAACAUCACACCAUUGAUACGCUGAAGUGUUUGUCUUGCUGAAAAAAAGUAGUAGAAGUAGCGGACUUGCCCCAAUUUCGUCGGCGUGUCAAAAUUGUUUUUUCCUAAGAAGAGAUAUUUUGUCGCCGCAAAUGUUACUCUGAAUCCUCUAACAAGGAUAAACGAGAAAAGGCUUUGCCAAGAUGGAUCUGAGGGUCUUGUGUGUGGCAGCGUUACUGGGUGUCUUCUCCUGCCGUGCACAACAAGAGGGCAGUGACUGCAUCAAGGCCAAUGCCCAGUCGUGUGGGGAAUGCAUCCAAGUCUCUGAGAAAUGUGGAUGGUGCACAGAUGCCACCUUCCUGAAGCAGGGAGAGUCCAAAUCUGCUCGCUGUGACGACCUGGAGUCCUUGAUCAAAAAAGGCUGCGUGCUUGCCAAGAUCGAAAAUCCCCGGGGAGUGACGACCAUCGUCACCGACAAGCCCGUCACCAACCGAGUCAACAAGGACACGUCUGUGAAGAUGGACACCAACCAGAUCACCCAGAUCCAGCCCCAGAAGCUCUCUCUCCAGCUGCGCUCUGGUGAGCCCCAGACCUUCGCUCUGAAGUUCAAGCGUGCGGAGGAUUACCCCAUCGACCUCUACUACCUCAUGGACCUGUCCUACUCCAUGAAGGACGAUCUGGACAACGUCAAGAACCUGGGAACCGCCCUCAUGAACGAAAUGAAAGAGAUCACCUCGGACUUCAGGAUCGGCUUCGGCUCGUUCGUGGAGAAGACGGUGAUGCCGUACAUCAGCACCACCCCGGCCAGGCUCCUGAACCCGUGCACCAGCAACCAGAACUGCACCAGCCCUUUCAGCUACAAGAACGUGCUGAGGCUCACCAAGAAGGGCGAGGAGUUCAACAAGCUGGUCAGCGAGCAGCAGAUCUCCGGCAACCUGGACUCCCCUGAGGGGGGCUUCGACGCCAUCAUGCAGGUGGCCGUCUGUGGGGACCAGAUAGGCUGGAGGAACGUCACUCGUCUGCUGGUGUUCUCCACCGACGCUGGCUUCCACUUCGCUGGAGACGGCAAGCUAGGUGGCAUCGUCCUUCCCAACGACGGGAAGUGUCACAUGGAGAACAACAUGUACACCAUGAGCCACUACUACGACUAUCCUUCGAUAGCCCAUCUGGUUCAGAAGCUCAGCGAUAACAACAUUCAGACUAUUUUUGCUGUUACUGAAGAAUUCCAGCCUGUUUACAAGGAACUGAAAAACCUCAUUCCCAAGUCCGCCGUGGGAACUCUGUCCUCAAACUCCAGCAACGUGAUCAAACUCAUCAUCGACGCUUACAACUCUCUGUCGUCUGAAGUGAUCCUGGAGAACAGCAAGCUGCCGGAGGGGGUCUCCAUACAGUUCAAGUCCAUCUGCAAGAACGGAGUUGUGGGCACAGGGGAGGACGGCAGGAAAUGCUCCAACAUCUCCAUCGGCGACGAGGUCUCCUUUGAGAUCGGCAUCACCUCCACCAAGUGUCCGUCCCAGCCCAAACCAACCACCGUGAAGAUCAGGCCCCUGGGAUUCAACGAGGACGUGGAGAUCGAGCUCAACUUCAUAUGCGAGUGCGAGUGCCACGACCACGGGGAGGCCAACAGCGUCAACUGCCACAACGGCAACGGCACCUUCGAGUGUGGAGCCUGCAGGUGUAACGAGGGCAGGAUUGGGCGUCUGUGUGAGUGCAGCACAGACGAGGUUAGGACGGACGACCUGGACGCCAACUGCCGCAAGGACAACGGCACGGACAUCUGCAGCAACAACGGAGACUGCGUGUGCGGAACCUGCGAGUGCAAGAAGAGGGAGAACCCUGAGGAACGCUACAGCGGAAAGUUCUGCGAGUGUGACAACUUCAACUGUGACCGCUCCAACAACAAGCUGUGUGGAGGACACGGCCGCUGUGAGUGCAGGAUGUGCAUCUGCGAUGCUAACUACACCGGCAGCGCCUGCGACUGCUCCCUGGACACGUCCACCUGCCUGGCAGCCAACAAGCAGAUCUGUAACGGCCGGGGGACCUGCGAGUGCGGCAUCUGCAAGUGUACAGACCCCAAGUUCCAGGGCCCUACCUGCGAGACCUGCCCCACAUGCCCUGGAGUCUGUACCGAGCACAAGGACUGUGUGCAGUGCCGAGCCUUCGAGACCGGAGAGAAGAAGGACACCUGCGAGAGAGACUGCAUGUACUUCAACAUGAUCCGCGUCAAGGACAAGCUGCCCCAGCCUGGGGACCAGAGCUACCCGCUGACCCACUGCAAGGAGCGCGACGCCAACGACUGCUGGUUCUACUUCACCUACGCCGUCAGGAACGACACCGUCAAGGAGGUGUACGUGGUGGAGACUCUCGAAUGCCCGGCGGGCCCUGACAUCAUCCCCAUCGUGGCGGGCGUGGUGGCGGGCAUCGUGCUGAUCGGUCUGGCCCUGCUGCUCAUCUGGAAGCUGCUCAUGAUCAUCCACGACCGCCGCGAGUUCGCCAAGUUCGAGAAGGAGAAGAUGAACGCCAAGUGGGACACGGGUGAGAACCCCAUCUACAAGAGCGCCGUCACAACCGUGGUCAACCCAAAAUACGAGGGCAAAUGAUGGAGAAGUUGUCCAUGUCAUUACAACACUGUAUGCAAAAGAAUAUGGAAGGAGAGAAGAGGAAGUGGACGAAGGGAGGAUGGAGGGCGGAGAGUGGAGGAGGGCAAAAGAGGAGAGGGAGGGUUAUAUUUUGUACGAUCACUCUUGUUUGUUUUUGUAGUCACCAAAUGAUAGCAGUGCAUUUUUUCCACUAUUUCAUUGUUUUACUAACGUUUGUAUUUUUGUUUUUCUAUGCAUCAUUUGUAAUCUGUACAGUAUGUAUAAACUUGGGUUUUUAUUCAGAUUUGUUUUCUUUACAUUUUAAUUUUUUUUGGAACUUGAGAGAAUGUUUUUGAACUGAUUUUAAUUUGUUGCCACAGGACUGGCUGUUUUAUUAAAGGUCCAGUUGUGCCUUUUAGUUGAGUUUAUGAAGCCAUUUUGUUCUGUUGGUUGAUGAGUUGUAUGAUGAUUGGAGGACAUAUGUAGCGACAACUGGUGUUUGGGGACAGAUUUGAAUUGUGUACAGUAGCCUGUGUAAAUACACGUACUAGUCACAUAAUAGGUCUGAAAGAGAAGGUAUGUUUCUUUGUUAAUCUGAACAAUCAAUUGAAAUGUUUCUUUGUGUAGACAACGGAUGUCACGAACAUUAAUGCAUGCAAAGUUUUCAAUGUAAAGAUCCAGCAGGUUUAAAAUGUUUAAUUUUUAAAAGAUCUCAGGUCCCUAAUUCCUCAUUACAAGCAAUGCCAAAUAUACCAAACAUAACUGCCUAUCCAGAAACAAAAUAAAAAGUGUUUUCCAUGUUUUUUAGUCAAAGUGAAUCCUGAAAAGGGGUUAAUCUGGUCUCUUGUGAGUGAGACACAGGCUGUCUCCUUUGUUUCUAGUUUUCCCUUUCCUUGUAGUGCAGAGUACAGUGAACACAUUCAGACAUAAAGAUCAGUGUUAAGGGGAAGAUCGACGAUCUUCGUUCAAUUUCUAAAACUCCCACUUGAGCUUACAAAUCACUUGUUUUUAAGUGCCUUUUUGUUUCAACACUUUCACAUUUGCCGAACUCUAUAUGCCUGAAUUGUAUUUAUUAAAUAAAAACCCCAAACAAAUUUCCCCAA